AUGCUUUCUAUGCUAUUACCGUUUGGAAAUACCGGCAUUUACGCUAAUGAUGUUGAUCGGGAAGACUUGCCUGAAAUUGCAAAGCUUGUACAAGCAUUUCCAAGCAUUGAAGAGGAUUACCAUGUUGUAAAGCUCGUAGGAGCUGGUAGCUUUAGCAGUGUGUUUAAAGCUAUUGAUAGACACUUUGAUAGCUACGACAAUUCGUAUUGGAUUACUUCGCAAAUAGAAAAUCAAAAUGGACACGAAAAGGGAAAGCGCUUACGACAGCAAUUUGUUGCCAUUAAAAGAGUAUAUGCAACGGUUUUGCCAUCCCGCAUCCAGACGGAGCUGGAAAUGCUUCAUGAGCUUCGUGGCAGUGAAUGCGUCCUCAACAUGAUUACCGCUGUCCGACAUCAAGAUCAAGUAUUAAUAGUGCUUCCAUUUAUCCAACAUGCAGAAUUCCGAGACUUUUACAUGAAGUACACACUGCCCGAAAUUGCUACCUACCUACAGGACCUACUGAAAGGACUUGCACACAUCGCUUCCAAAGGAAUUAUCCACCGAGACAUCAAACCCGGAAAUUUUGCAUGGAAUCCAUAUACUCAAAGGGGAGUGAUUCUUGACUUUGGACUUGCUCAAUGGCAGGUGGCAGAUACGCCUUCCGAGAACUGCUGCAUUGACCGAUUACGAAAACUAAAGCAGGACGGCAAGUAUUAUGACUUUUAUCCCUUUGAGAAGACCAUCGCAGAUCCGUCCGACGGAUAUCUAGUUCACGAUCCUCGCCCUACCAAGAGAGCUGAUCGGGCAGGCACACGGGGAUUCAGGGCUCCAGAAGUGCUAUUUCGUUGCCAAUACCAAACAUCCAUUAUUGAUGUUUGGUCAGUGGGAGUAAUUCUCCUGUGUUUUCUGACUCGAAGAUACCCUUUUUUCCGAUGUGAGGACGACAUCGAUGCCAUUGUUGAGCUCGCACACAUUUUUGGGAGAAAUCAAAUGUCCAGAUGUGCCUUGUUGCAUGGACAAAUCUGGUCUGACAAUCUCACAACAGUGCAAGAUCAAAAGCAUAACUGGCUCGAUCUGAUUGGCAGCAUCACAAAAAGCGACGAAAACUCUUUACUGGAUGUGAGUGCCGGAUAUGAAGUUGCUCUUGUCAUUGACUUGCUGGACAAGUUGCUCGAGUUACAGCCAUCGAAGCGACUUAGCGCUGAAGCUGCUUUGGAACAUGACUUUUUCAAAGUGGCAGGCAUGCACCGAAUGACAUACCCAUAA